CGGAAGGGAAAUAUUUAUGUGAAAACCCUUAUCCAAAUCCGUAAGGAUUUCUUCUGCUGCGUAAAACUGAAGGGCAAAUAUUCGACCAAGCCGGCGGCGGCGAUGGGCUACGCAGCCAUCGUCAUCGUUAGGUUAUGAGAUCCCCUUCCAAUUCUCACCUCCAUCUCAAAUCUAUAUUGUCACUCCGUAAGUCAUUCAUGGCUUCCUCUUUCACACAAACCGACUUCCCUCAAGACCUCGACGACCUUCUCUGCUCCGAUCCACACACACAGCCACAAGAUGAAUGCUCCUCUCUUACCAAAUCCAAUGACUCAACACUUCUCUUGGGGUCUCCGAGUGGAUAUUUGAGUGGCGAGUCGCGCAUUGAGCGAGCCUGGGCUCACUGGUCCAAGCUCGGUCGUCCGAAGUUGAUUGUAGCUCCGAUGGUUGAUAAUUCGGAGCUUCCGUUCCGUUUGCUCUGCAGGAAAUAUGGUGCCGAGGCGGCGUAUACACCUAUGCUGCAUUCACGGAUCUUUACUGAGAACGAGAAGUAUCGUAACAUGGAAUUCACAACUUGUCAGGAGGACCGUCCAUUAUUUGUUCAAUUUUGUGCCAAUGAUCCCGAUGUUUUGCUGGAAGCUGCUAGAAGAGUGGAGCCAUAUUGUGAUUAUGUCGAUCUUAACCUCGGUUGUCCUCAGCGUAUUGCAAGGCGAGGAAAUUAUGGGGCUUUUUUGAUGGACAACUUACCUCUUGUAAAAGCAAUAGUAGAGAAAGUGGCUUCCAAUCUUCAGGUUCCUGUAUCAUGCAAAAUCCGAGUCUUCCCAAAUUUACAGGAUACAAUUAAUUAUGCAAGAAUGUUAGAGGAUGCUGGCUGCUCUCUUUUAGCUGUCCAUGGCCGCACAAGAGAUGAAAAAGAUGGCAAGAAAUUCCGAGCUAAUUGGAGCGCCAUUAGUGCUGUUAAAAACGCUCUACGAAUCCCGGUUCUUGCCAAUGGGAACAUAAGGCACAUGGAAGAUGUUCACAACUGCUUGCAAGAGACUGGAGUUGAGGGCGUGCUUUCAGCCGAAACCCUUCUGGAGAAUCCUGCACUUUUUGCUGGGUUUCGAACCGCGCAAUGGACAGCAGGCUGUGAAGAAAGUAGCAGGGAUGGAAACCUGGAUCAAGCUGAUCUACUGGUGGACUACUUGAAGCUUUGUGAAAAAUACCCUGUCCCGUGGCGAAUGAUCCGUUCACACGUACACAAGUUGUUGGGAGAUUGGUUCAAGAUUCAUCCACACAUUAGAGAAGAUUUCAAUGCACAAUCCAAGCUCACCUUUGAAUUUCUUUACAACAUGGUGGAGCAGCUGAGAGAGUUGCAGGUAAAAAUUCCUCUUUAUAUUAAGGAUUCUCCUGCAUCUGCUAUUUCAUCCAUUGGUUGACUGCUUCACUGAUCAUUGAUUGAUUGAUAGGCUUACUGGUCUUAACUUAAAAAUUCUUUGCGAAAAUUAGAUUCAAUCUGUUGUUGUACCAUUGAUAUUCACAUAAAAUUGUUCUUCAUUCAGCUUGGACACAGCGAUGAAAGAAAAGAUUUUGUAGUUAAUUGUUGUGAAUUGUAGCCUGAAUUUAUUUGAUUAGGGAAGAGAUGGAGAGUUUACGUUACCUUUUGGCUUUGAAUUGUGAGUAGUGAUUUUAACUAUGCAAAAUGCAUGUGUUGAGACUCAAAGUCACCCACUUAUUUCA